AGUGCCAAACGGAUUGUGAAUCUGUGCAGACUGUUUUUCGAUUGUGACAACCCCUCAGGUAAUCGGGAAUCGGUGCGGUAUCGUAUGACGGAACACGUUGAAGCACACACGCACCGUCCAUGUCUAUAUACAUAUAUAGAUAUAUAACGCACGUGUAUCUAUUGCUCGCAUACAUACAUCGUUGACGCGAAGAGAUUCCGCGAGGGAUACGGCGCUACUCCCGCCUUCUGAGGCUGAUGCGUUCGCGAGUGCCCGCGUGAUAGUGUUAUGCGAUCACGAUGAUUGUGAAGAACGCGUUAGAGAAUCAAUCGAUGCCAAUGGAGAUCAUACUCACCCGCGAUCAGAGGACUACGUCCCACCGGGUCCAUGGCGACCAUACCAUGCGAGUCAACGCGCUGACAUCGGAAUCUGCGAUCUCAUCGUUGCAACAGACCAAAUAUCAGGACGACAUCGUCACGAGAUGUCAUUACGUCAAAGAGACAACCGCGAAAACGCUUAAAGGAGAGAAAAAGAGUGAUUCGCACCUCAUGCCAACAUUUUAUCACGAUCGGAGAACGCGACAUUCUAAUGCAUCCUCCAGCGUACUCAGAUCUCUAAGGUUAGGCAGUGCCUUGUUGAUUCUGCUAGCGCUGUCGGUGCAAAGUGCCCCAGUAAUGAAUUCCCCGAACAAAACGGACGAUAUGAAAUGGGUGAAUCCCUGUGGCGUAUCUACCAAAUUACGAACAAACGGCUCCAAUCCGGACAUUGCUCAGUUGGAGGACCAUGAUCUCCUCAACCAAAUAGUACUCCAAGCGAGAACGGCGUUGAAGCAUGCGCAGCUUUUUAGAGAUGAAUUUAUCAGACAAACUUUCAAGACGGACUUCGGCAGCGUCCACAAUUUGUGGAGGAAAAAUCAUUACGCUUGGCUGCCUACACGAUCUGAAAUACCCAAAGAACUGGGAGAGGAGCUGGAUAAGAAGCAUCUCGAGAAACUGGAAAUUAACACGUCUCUCGUCGAUGCGUAUGAAUAUAUGCAGAAGUAUGCGGUGGGCUUGGAGCAGGUAGUUUUGGAUCAGAAGGAUUAUCAGCCUAAAUAUCAUCAGAAAUUCACAGAAGCCGAAUGGAAACUUCGAGCGGUUCUCUGUGAGAUCCAAGUCGCUUUAGAGGAGCGUAGCGUUACGCGACGGCCGGAUGUCACUCGAGAUGUCAUGACGUCUGAUUUCCGAACGAUGACGGAUAUGACGUUCCGUGAUCUGCGUGACUGGCUGAUUUUCCGAGAAUACAUGAAUGGCCUCGAAUACGUGAUACAAGUGUUUUCGCACCUACGCCUACGUUUGUAAUCGGCGCAAAUCCUGAAGAUCUGUACAGCGAAAGCCGAAGAAGGACUACCAAGCGAUGUCCAUCUCUCAUCUCAGAAAAUUAACGCGGUCAUUGACAGCUUCAUUUUCUUGAAAUGAUAUUGGGAAGAGGAUAGAAGGGACAGAGAAAGAGGAUCAUCUUCUGAUUAUCAAAAUAUCUCAUUAUCGGAAGAGCACAAUUUUAGCGAAAUGUGUCUUUGCAAUGAAAAUCGGGCUAUUUGUUGGUAUCGACGAUGAAGAUUGAUUGAUAUAUUGUCGAACCGACUGAUAUACCGCAUCAUAAUGUCCAUUAAUGUAUUAAGCUUCUAUGAUAAUUUUUGAGAUAGAAGUGCCAUCAAUGCUCUUGACACCUCAUCACCAUCCUCUUCGACGCUCUUUGAUGUCACUUUGUGCGGUGCUGCAUGUAGAACAGAAUGAGGAAGAAUAGGAGACAAAGAUUUAAAAACCGCAUCGUUAUUGGUCCAUUGGCUUUCGCCGUUUCAAUUCACGGCCACAUACACAAUAAUCAUGCAUAUUCACAUAUCACACAAGCUAUGAUUUCGCGCGAAGAUGCCGUACAAUGUGAGUGUGUAUAUUUGAUCUUAUAUAUGAGAAAAAAAGUAGGGAUAGAUAGAUUCAAUAGCUCAAUUGUUCAACAUUGAAAGUAAAAUAACUCUCGAGAUAACAAUCAAGUAUCACGGUUAUCUUACAAUCUAAGAACGUGAUAUCCGUUCCCUUUUUCUUUCGACACAUUAUUAAUAUUGAACGUGGCCGCGAUUUAAUUGGCUCGAUUUUCAGUAAAGACUUAAGAUUCUUAAUAAUACUUUUCAAUAUAAAUAAUAUUUGUAACAAUCACUGCUACUAUAAGCGAUUGUUACAAAUAAAUAAAAAAUAAAAAAUUUUAAAAUAUAGAACAAUCGAUAAAAGUAAGAGUUAUCACACAAAAAUUUCAUGAAAAAUUUCAAAUUGAUUUCUCUAGCGUGAUUAUAUCCACAUAAUAUUUUGCUUGUCAUAUAGUGGUUUGAACAUAUGAACACUUAUGACACUUAACACGCAUUCUAUACUCAAAAAAUAGGAAAUAAUAAGUUGAGAAAAGAGCUAGCUAGGGGGAGAAAUAUAAUAUUGCUGUAAGGUUCAUAAUAAAAUAUGAUCUUUUGAACCUUGCAGUAAUUUAGUUCUCUCGUGAUCAAAUGCAUAUUACAUUAUGCACACGAAAAUCCCACAACAUUAAAAGGCCUCUCGUUAAAAAGGCCUCUCUUCGCGAGCGAUUCAUACAAUCUUAUAUAAUAAUUUAUUGACUACUUAUAUAUAUAUAUGUAUAUGUACGUUUGUAUAUAAUAUGAUA